AUGCGUGUUAUUUGGUUUCUCGCUUCCACUCUUGCGCCCCUGGUCGCCGUCAAGGCCAACUCCACAACUAUCAGUUAUCUCGGGGUCUCAAUUACUAAUUCAUAUGCCGCCGAUCUGGCCCAAUUCACCAGCCUAGCUGCUGAUGUAUACGCUAUCGAUAAAACUGCCACAACAUAUGACAUUCGCUGUGAGGAUGGUGCCCCACUCAGUGUGUGCGCAAUCGAUAGCAAGACUCCCUGGAGAAUGAUUCAAGGCCCCGAGACCUACAGUAUCUCGAUAAAGGACAGCAUUAGCACCGAAGGUGUAAGCGCAGAUGUCACUGCUAAUGUGGCCUGCUCGUUUACUCACACAUCUGAGUCUGUCUCCUGCUCCCAAUACGUGUCGUUCACUAUCUCUGCGAGUGAAUACUCAACUGCAUGGAGCACGAAUGCGCCUAGCUAUACCGUCGACGCCGACCAGGUUAGCUAUGUCGAUCUUAAGGUCACUGGAGGCUUACAGGCUUUCUCUGCCGAUGCUACGGCUACGAGCCCUGUCACUGUGAGCUACUCUGGUGUUGCUCAGCCUAUUGCCACUGCAGCGCCGUUAGCUGCAGCUGCCGCUGCUGCGAUUGCAGCUCUGCUUUAA